CGGUGAGCAGUGCGGACGCGUCGUGGAAAAGGGAAAAGACAGUUCUGUCGUCGUCUCGUGCGGUCGUGAUCGUGGUCGUGGUUCGUCGUAGUCGUCGCCCGCAAAUAUUUUGCUGGCAACGGCCGCGAAUUCGCCCCACCGGUUCGUUCGUUUUUUUGGUGGUUCUCCUCGCACGCAAACACACACGGUAACGGCGCGACGGUGGACAGAGGAAAAGCAAACCUAACCUCCCCUCUCGCCCGAGGAGAACACACACGGGGUCACCCUAUCUCUCUCUCCUACCUCCCUGCCGCGUCGCGACGAGCGAGCGAGACGAACGCCGUUACCCGCUCUCGCCUGUUCUAGCAGCGCCGCGGCGGUUCCCCUCUAUUGAUCGAAUUCGACCUGCGAAGUUUCCCCUAGCCGUGUGCGGUUGUGGCGGCCGGCAGUGGCUCUCUUCGCGCUUUAUUAACGUUCCUCCUCGGUUUAAGUGCGGUAAAUAAUCGCGAUACCUCGGCAUGGCUACUCCGACCGCUUGCACGCGGUUCAGUGACAACUACGACCUCAAGGAGGAGCUUGGCAAAGGUGCCUUUUCUGUGGUGCGACGAUGCGUUCAGAAGAGCACUGGUCACGAGUUCGCGGCGAAAAUCAUAAACACCAAAAAGCUCACGCCCAGAGACUUUCAGAAAUUGGAACGUGAAGCCCGGAUAUGCAGGAAAUUGCAGCACCCAAAUAUCGUGAGAUUACACGACAGCAUACAGGAGGAGAACUGCCACUACCUCGUUUUUGACCUAGUUACCGGCGGCGAACUGUUCGAGGAUAUCGUCGCGCGGGAAUUCUACAGCGAAGCGGACGCUUCGCACUGUAUCCAACAAAUUCUGGAAAGCGUACACCACUGCCACCAUAACGGAGUUGUGCACAGGGACCUGAAACCCGAAAAUUUGCUCCUCGCGAGUAAGGCGAAAGGGGCGGCUGUGAAACUAGCGGAUUUCGGAUUGGCGAUUGAGGUGCAGGGUGACGCACAAGCAUGGUUCGGUUUCGCCGGAACGCCCGGUUACCUCAGCCCGGAAGUCCUCAAGAAGGAACCGUACGGGAAACCGGUGGACAUCUGGGCGUGCGGUGUCAUCCUCUACAUCCUCCUCGUCGGUUAUCCGCCAUUUUGGGACGAGGAUCAGCAUCGGCUCUACGCGCAGAUCAAGGCUGGAUCGUACGACUAUCCCAGCCCAGAAUGGGACACCGUCACACCGGAGGCAAAGAACCUGAUCAAUCAGAUGCUGACGGUGAACCCGAGCAAAAGGAUCACCGCCAGCGAGGCACUGAAGCACCCAUGGAUCUGCCAACGCGAACGCGUCGCAUCCGUGGUCCACAGGCAAGAGACCGUGGAAUGUUUGAAGAAAUUCAACGCGAGGCGCAAAUUAAAGGUCGCCAUUCUGACGACCAUGUUGGCGACGAGGAACUUUUCCAGUAAGUAUGAUGCACAGGGUCGGAGCACGAAGAAGGGCGACGGCUCACAGGUGAAGGAAUCGACCGACAGCAGCACAACGAUCGAGGACGAUGACGUUAAAGAGGAUAAGAAGGGCGGCGUCGACCGGAGCAGCACGGUCAUUGCCAAAGAACCCGAAGGCCCCGCCUCCCAGGGCACACCUCCGAACAGCCCCGCAGCUAUCUCCGCGUUCGCCAGGGUAGUCGGGGCGGCGAGCCAGACGAGCAAGCAACCCCAGAACCAGAUUCAGGGGAACAACCCCCUUGGGAUAGCCGCGGUUCUCCUACAGGGAGCGCAAGCACGCCGUCAGGAGAUAAUCAAGAUGACCGAGCAGCUGAUCGAGAGCAUCAACACUGGCGACUUCGAGGCGUACACGAAAAUCUGUGAUCCGCAUCUGACCGCGUUCGAGCCGGAGGCUCUAGGUAAUUUAGUCGAGGGAAUGGAUUUCCACAAAUUUUACUUUGAUAAUGCAGUCCUGGGGAAGAACUGCAGGGCCGUGAACACGACGAUCUUGAAUCCUCACGUGCAUCUACUGGGCGAGGACGCCGCGUGCAUCGCGUACGUCAGGCUGACGCAGUACAUGGACAAGCAAGGCGUAGCGCACACUCAGCAAAGCGAGGAGAGCCGCGUGUGGCACAAGAGGGACAACAAAUGGCAGAACGUGCAUUUCCAUCGAAGUGCGGUCACGGGACCGUCACCAUUUUCCAACCAGAAGUAAAUCGGCGGGACCGCGUUAGAGUUUGGGGGGUUGGGGGUUAGGGGGGAAAGAAACGUAGCGAGAAGGGCCGAUGUGUCGGUGGAUGCUCGUGUCGCGUUCAGGGUUGCCACCCAAUCACAAUAUAAAACCCGGAGUGCCAUCAAUUAAAACAGUUAUG